CAUUUAAUCUGCCUGAUUUAUCACCAGGAAGAAGAACAGCAGGCAACGUCAGCAAACAACAAUACCUGUUAGAAAUGGCUACAGGAGUGGACCAAGCGGCUGGCAUGAGUCUCGUCGUCUUCAGCCUCCUGCUGUUUACGUACUACUCCGUCUGGGUCAUCGUCCUGCCUUUCGUGGACAGUGAUCACAUUCUCCACAAGUAUUUUCUUCCUCGGGAAUACUCGGUCAUUCUUCCUGGCAUUGCAGCGGUAAUACUGCUCCUCUGUAUAGGAGCCUUCACUGCUGUUAUCAUGUGGAAGAAUCGCAAGCCAAAGAAAGCGGACUAAUCAGGAUUUUAGAGUGACUGCUGUGGAUUUAGAAGUAUGUAAAAGUAGCCGUGAACUCUUUCUGGUGGCCCGACACACAAAAAUCAUUCCUCCAGUCUCUGAUAAUAUCUCCUGAACAGCUGACGUUCACGCUCACCAAGUUAUAUUUGUUAAAGAAAAAGGUCUUUGGGAUUUAUUUUAUAUUAUUUGUUUUAUUUCCAGUUGAAUUAGAGUUGAUAAGUAAGAAUAAGUAGUAAAUUAAAGCUGCUGUGUGUUGAAUUUGAAAAGUUUUGAGUUGAAAGCAGUGCACAGACUGCACUAAUUGUCUAUUUUUUUACAAAAUAAAAGUCAAUUUGAGAGAUCACAUAAAAAAACCCUCAACACAUGUCCAGAUGUUUUGAGAAUAGUGAGGCAUCACUGUUAACUGUAAGCUGGUGUUCAGAUCACUCACUGUGUUCUGUCCUCGAAGUUGUUAAGAUAAAGAGUUUAGGACAUUGUGAGCUCAUAUAUCAACAUCUUCCUUCGCUGGGAACAUCUACUGCAAAGGGAAAUCGGGCCGGUAGCAGUCUGAUGUAACUCAUGUGUCUUCUGAUACUACUUUGAUCCAAAUAUGAGCUGGCCCUGAUGAUCAUUUCUUACUGUUUCUGUUGGGAAAGUCCUCAGCCCUGAAGCUAAUUGUGUGAUUGUAAAUCCCAUGAUCAUGCAGCUUGUUGGAUGUUGAAGUGGAGCUUACUCACUCACUCACACACCUACGCUCUACAGCAGCUGUAUUUCUUGGCUUUGCACUGACAGAUGUUACAAUGCAAAAAUCAUUUCGGCACUAAAGGGAGGAGGUUUCCCCACAUUUUGAGUUAUGAGUUUUCUCCUUGGCAGUAAACAUGUUACAUGAGCCAUCACAAUCUCCUGUAGGUGGAAUUGGGUUUCCUUUGAGUGCGUGGGAAGUUUGCACUAGGAUGAUGUCACACACAUUAAAGGAUAAGUUUGCUAUUUUUCAAAUCUGUUUUAAAACAAAAUCCACAGUGUGUCCACACACUCAUUUAAAAGUAGAUGAUCAGCUUCUAUUGAGCUUCAUCAGUGUGAGUUAGUCAUAUCAAGUGAUAUCUGACACAUUUACAGUCUUUUUACCAUCAAAUUCCCUCUUAGUGUUUCCUGUUGAGCUGUGGUGGAAGUAUAGUAACAAAAAGAGGAACUUUGGUACUAAAAACACUGUAACAUUGAAACAUAGAAGAUGAAGAUUUGACUCAUUUGGACGCUGAAGCUUCAUAUUAGCUUCAUCAACUUUUAAAUCCAUUGUUACACAGAAGGAGGACUGUGGAUUUAGUCCUCCAUCACUUCCAUUGUAAGUACAUUAUGAAGAGAUCUUCUAAUGGUCAGUAUGAACAGGAGGAAUCAUUACAACAAGAAAAACCCAUAAUGUAACACUGUGGGAGUCAGCACACUUCUGCUUCUUAAAGAACAUGUGAUGAUGGGAAUGAGUAAAUGUCCGGUCCUCAAACAUAAUAACUAUUUUCAUCAUAAUUUCCAGAACAAAUAGUCUUUUAUUUAGGUUUAUGUGGUAACUGACAGUAAUGCAACUGCAUGGAUGGAGGUAAAUGUGGGUCAGUGUGUAAACAAAUGUCAGAAUUCUAAGUUAAAUGAAAGUAUGAUUCUAUCUACAUUGUGACAUACUGUAUGGGAGUCUAUUUUAGUACUAUGUGAAACUGUUAUAUUAACUGUAACAUGGUUUUGGCACAAAGAUACAGUGAUGAUUUUCCUGUUGAAUAAAGCUCUCAUGCUGGGAAA